CUGGUUGUUCGCCCAAAACCUUACCUGACCCGUGACAGUUUUGCUCCCCUCGCCUCGCCGCCGCCGCUGUUGCCUCCCGUCGUCGCUUCUCUCCGUGUGCUUCGGUACCCGGGAAGCAAGGCCCCGCCUCCCUUGUACCCGUCGAAUAAGGGAGAGGAGCAGAUGAAGGCGGGGAGGAAGAACCUGCGGCGGGCGUGCGACGAGGGCGCCGCCGUCACGCUCGCCGAGGGCGAGAGCAUCAUGCAGGUCCUCACGCUGCGCGGCUCCAACGUCAUCGAGGUGAUGGACGGCGAGGGCGUCAAGUCCCUGGCCUUGUUCCCUGCCAAGUUCCAGAAGAGCUUCUGGAUCAAGAACGGGAGUUUCGUUGCUGUGGAUGCCAGCGGAAGGGAUCAGGCUCUGGAAUCGGGUAGCAAGAUUGCGUGUGUUGUCUCGCAAGUCCUCUUCCACGAACAAGUUCGGGCUCUGGAGAAGUCUGGUAACUGGCCAGCUAUUUUCAGCUCAACUACAAAUGAAGCUUCAGAGGCGGGAACACAAGCACAAACUGCUGCCCAGAUUGAUGAGGAACCAGAUUCUGAUGAAGAUGACGAUCUUCCACCACUAGAAGCAAACACAAACAGGAAUAGACCAUAUGAAUUGUAUUCUGAUUCAGACAGUGGUUCUGAUGCUUAAACUAGUUUAGAUUGUAGCAUGCCAUUGAUGUUGUAAUUUGUGAUGAAAAGUACCGAAGGUAAUCCUGUGGGUGUUCUCAAAACAACUAAGGUUCGGUUGCCAUCCACAUACCCGCUUGCUGUGUUUUCUUGUUCAUUCACGUUGAUGGUUUUCUCUAAAGAUGAAGACUGCCUGCACUGUCAAAGAUAUUUGUGAUGUGAAUGGAAUGACUGAACCUGGAGCUAUA